AUGGCGGCGGGAGUAGGAAGAGUCGCCGAUCCCGCUCCCCACCGCAGCAGUGGAGUCAGAAUCAAGAAGAAGAAGAAAGAAGGGGAGGAUGGUGUAGUUGUCGUUGCAGUGCCGGCGGUGGCGGAGGAGGAGGAGGAGGAGGAGGAGAACCUGCGACAGCAGAGAAGCUCGGACCUCCUCGUGGUUGCUCCUCCCAUUUCGGCGUCUUCUCGUCCUCUGGCGCCCUCCGCUCCUCCUCGCUCCAGAUCUCUCGCUGCUGCGCGCAGGGUGGCGCCGACGACGGAGAAGGAGGCGGCGGAGGCGACGGUGGUCGAGAAGGCGCUGCCCAACGGGGAUCUGUACCUGGGGAGCUUCUCCGGCAACGUGCCGCACGGCGUGGGGAAGUACCUCUGGUCCGAUGGCUGCAUGUACGAGGGGGAGUGGCGGCGGGGCAAGGCAGCCGGCGCCGGCAAGUUCUCAUGGCCAUCAGGCGCCACCUACGAGGGGCAGUUCAAGUCCGGUCGGAUGGAGGGCUUCGGCACCUUCACCGGCGCCGACGGGGACACCUACCAUGGAUACUGGAGCUCCGACCGGAAGCACGGAUUCGGGAAGAAGUGCUACGCCAAUGGCGACUACUACGAGGGCAACUGGCGGCGCAACCUCCAGGAAGGGCAUGGAAGAUACGUCUGGAGGAACGGGAGCCAGUACGCCGGCGAGUGGCGCGGUGGCGUGAUCUCCGGCAGGGGAGUUCUGAUGUGGGCGAACGGCAAUCGGUACGAAGGCCAAUGGGAGAACGGGGUCCCCAAGGGCGGCGGCGUCUUCACCUGGCCCGACGGCAGCUGCUACGUCGGGAGCUGGACGAAGGACCCCAAGAACCAGAGCCAGCUUCGCGGUCAUUUCUACCCCGGCGACACCCCUGCCCACCAAAGCUGCUCGCCUCAUCCGCCAUGGAAGAGCAUUCCCAACCCUAAUUCUAGCUCGCUCUUCUUCUCUUCUCCCUCUUCCUCCGGGGAUGAGGGCCACCGCCGUCUUCUCUGUUCCGGGAAGCGGUUCUCAGUGGACGGCUCUCUGGGAAGGUCUAGCCUCGCGGAGAAAAGCCUUCCCCGGAUCUGCAUUUGGGAAUCUGACGACGAAGCUGGGGAAAUCACCUGCGACAUCGUUGACGCGCUCGAGGCUUCCAUACUGUACCGUGAUGGGAGCUCCGUUGAGAAGAAGAUUAGCGCAGAAGCGGAAGCAAGAGCAGAAAGGAACCCACAGUCGCAGCGCAGUCCCCGCUGUGGCACUGUGUCUGAGGCGAAGAAGCCGGGGCAGACCAUCUCCAAGGGCCACAAGAAUUAUGACCUGAUGCUGAACCUGCAAGUGGGUAUCAGGUGACUGACCUCCUCGGCCUUCUGAGAUCUCCAUCUUGCAUAUUGCUUGCUGCUAGAGGUUAUCCUUCGCUCAACAGUCGGUCGAUUCUCCUUCUUCUAAACCUUCUCAGGUAUUCGGUUGGCAAGCUUGCUUCAUCGACCCAGAUGAGGGAACUCAGACAUGGGGACUUCGAUCCAAGGGAGAAGUUCUGGACCAGGUUCCCUCCGGAAGGAUCGAAGAUUACCCCACCGCACCAGUCUGUUGAGUUCAGGUGGAAGGACUACUGCCCCAUGGUCUUCAGGUACGUGCUCUCCUCCCACUGCCGAUAACUCACCCGCAGUCUUGCCUGCGUCUCCCAUGCUGAGAUCCUUCCCCGCCGUCAUGGCAGACAUCUCCGGAAACUAUUCGCUGUGGAUCCCGCUGAUUACAUGCUGGCCAUUUGCGGGAACGACGCUUUGAGGGAGCUGUCCUCCCCUGGGAAGAGCGGGAGUUUCUUCUAUCUGACUCAAGAUGAUCGCUUCAUGAUAAAAACCGUCAGAAAAUCAGAAGUCAAGGUCAGUCUCCACACCCCUGUUCAUUCAUCUCUGCUCAUACUCCCUCUCCUCUGUUGCAUCGUCUUCUACCCUGCUGACUUCUCUGGAAUCUGGUUCUCGCAGGUGCUGGUCAGGAUGCUUCCCAGCUACUUUCAUCAUGUUAAUACGUACAAGAACUCGCUUGUCACAAGAUUCUAUGGCGUCCACUGUGUUAAACCCAUUGGGGGGCAGAAGGUAUGCAUACAUCUCGAUUGCUUGGUGCUCUCGAUUGCGCCCAGAUUUUGAUAGAUUUGCACUCUCCUUUUCUCCAUUGGAACCAGGUCCGUUUCAUAGUAAUGGGCAACUUGUUCUGCUCAGAGCACCGCAUCCACAGGAGAUUCGACCUGAAAGGUUCUUCCCAUGGUCGAACGACAGACAAGGCGGAAGGGGAGAUCGACGAGACGACCACUCUCAAGGAUCUUGAUCUCAAUUUCGUGUUCCGCCUACAGCGGUCCUGGUUUCUGGAGCUUCUGGAGUAAGUCUCCUCUCCCCAGGACCCCAAUCGACGCUGCUAUGGCGUUGUUCUUUCCGUUCUGAUGACAGCUUUGUGCAUGACCAGGCAAAUCGACAGAGACUGUGAGUUCUUGGAGGCUGAAGGCAUCAUGGACUACAGCCUCUUAGUGGGUGUUCAUUUCCGAGACGACGCAUUGGGCUCCUUGCAGCAUGCUCCAUCGCCGGGUAUGACUACUGAUUAGUCUUUCUUUCUUUCCUUUCUGGGCCAUGAUUAUAGAUUAGGUUUGAGAAAUUAUUCUUAACUGAAAGUAAUCAUAAUGUCAUGCUUCAGGUGGCAUGAAUCCAUCUCGAGUUGGACGGCCGGCCGAAGAUGGAGACUUGAAGCCGCCUCAUGGGCUGUAAGUGCUUCCACAUUACUCCACGUCUUCGUGUUCUUCGUGCUCUUCCUUUCAUUGAUUCUGCUUCUCUGACGUCAAUUCAGACGGCCGGUGACCCGUCUGGGUUCGAACAUGCCGGCGAGGGCGAUCCAAAUAUCCCGGAGCGCUUCCUACAGCGAGUACCUGCUGUCCCAGCAGGGGAAGGCCCGUGACGCCGUCCUCUACUUCGGGAUCAUCGACAUUCUCCAGGGCUACGACAUCAGCAAGAGGCUGGAGCACGCCUACAAGUCUCUGCAAGUCGAUCCCGCCUCCAUCUCCGCCGUUGACCCGAAGCUCUACUCGAAGAGAUUCCGUGACUUCGUCAGAAGAACCUUCGUGGAAGAUGGAUAA